UCAGAUCCCUGGCACCAGUCAGAGGGGAAGCGCGGGUUGGGACAAGGCAACUCCGGGCGGAGAGCAGGAGCGGCUAAUUUAAAAGGGUCCCCCGGAGAGAAGCGCGUGAGAGCGGUGCCCAGCCAAGAGCCUACUUGUGGCCGAGCUUGGAUCUUUCCAAGGCGCCGAGAGUUCCCCAAACUGGCUGGACCCUUGCCCUGCACAGGUUUGCUGCUACACCUCAUGUAAAACACAGGAAAUGAAAUGAAGAUUUCUCAGUGCAAGAUGCGGUACUGGCUGCUUCCAAGUUUUUUGGCAGUUGCUUAUUUCUGCACCGUUGUCCAGGGUCAAGUGGCUCCACCCACAAGAUUAAGAUAUAAUGUAUUAUCUCAUGACAGUAUACAGAUUUCAUGGAAAGCUCCAAAAGGGAAAUUUGGUGGAUACAAACUUCUUGUGACUCCAACUUCAGGUGGAAAGACCAACCAACUGAAUCUCCAGAACACUGCAACUAAAGCUAUUAUUCAAGGUCUUAUGCCAGAUCAGGAUUACACAGUUCAAAUUAUUGCAUACAGUAAAGACAAAGAAAGCAAGCCAGCCCAAGGCCAGUUCAGAAUUAAAGAUUUAGAAAAAAGAAAGGAUCCAAAGCCCAGAGUCAAGGUUGUGGACAAAGGAAAUGGGACUAAACCAUCCUCGCCAGAAGAAGAAGUGAAAUUCGUCUGCAAAACUCCAGCUAUUGCUGAUAUUGUAAUCCUGGUUGAUGGUUCAUGGAGUAUUGGAAGAUUCAACUUCAGACUGGUUCGGCUGUUCUUGGAAAACCUGGUCACAGCAUUUAAUGUGGGCUCAGAGAAGACACGAAUUGGCCUUGCACAGUACAGUGGUGACCCCAGAAUAGAAUGGCACUUGAAUGCCUUUAGCACAAAGGAUGAGGUGAUCGAAGCCGUUCGAAACCUACCGUACAAGGGAGGAAACACACUAACAGGUCUUGCCUUGAACUACAUUUUUGAAAAUAGCUUUAAACCAGAAGCAGGAGCAAGGCCUGGUGUAUCCAAAAUUGGCAUAUUAAUCACUGAUGGAAAAUCCCAAGAUGAUAUUAUUCCCCCAUCGAGAAACCUGCGUGAGUCUGGUGUAGAACUGUUUGCCAUAGGGGUGAAGAACGCGGACGUGAAGGAGCUGCAGCAGAUUGCCUCCGAACCCGACAGCACUCAUGUGUACAACGUUGCAGAAUUUGACCUGAUGAACAGUGUUGUGGAGACCCUGACCAGGACUGUCUGCUCCAGAGUAGAAGAACAGGACAAGGAAAUCAAAGCCUCAGCCCUUGCUACCAUUGGGCCACCUACAGAGUUGAUUACUUCUGAAGUCACUGCCAGAAGCUUUAUGGUUAACUGGACUCAUGCACCAGGAAAUGUGGAAAAAUACAGAGUUGUGUAUUAUCCUACCAGGGGUGGAAAACCAGACGAGGUGGUAGUGGAUGGUAGUGUAUCUUCCACGGUGCUGAAAAACUUGAUGUCUUUAACUGAAUAUCAGAUAGCAGUCUUUGCAAUAUAUUCUCGCACUGCUAGUGAAGGCCUCCGUGGAACUGAAACUACACUUGCUUUACCCAUGGCUGCUGACCUUGAACUGUACGAUGUGACAGAGAACAGUCUGCGGGUCAAAUGGAAUGCAGUGCCCGGGGCAUCAGGGUACCUGAUACUCUAUGCACCUCUCACCGAGGGUCUGGCUGGGGAUGAAAAAGAGAUGAAAAUUGGAGAGACCCACACAGAUAUUGAAUUGCGUGGAUUGUUACCCAAUACGGAAUACACAGUCACUGUCUAUGCCAUGUUUGGAGAGGAGGCCAGUGACCCAGUUACAGGACAAGAAACAACAUUGCCUUUAAGUCCACCAAGAAACCUGAGAAUCACCAAUAUUGGCUCUAACAGUGCUCGAUUAAGUUGGGACUCGACAUCAGAGAGGAUCAGUGGUUAUCGAAUUGUAUAUAACAAUGUUGAUGGGACUGAAAUCAAUGAGGUUGAAGUUGAUUCUAUUACUACAUUUCCUCUGAAAGGCUUGACACCCCUUACAGAUUAUAACGUUGCCAUAUUCUCCAUGUAUGAUGAAGGACAGUCGGAGCCUCUGACUGGAAUUUUUACCACAGAGGACGUUCCAGCCCAACAAUACUUGGAAAUUGAUGAGGUGACGACAGACAGUUUUAGAGUGACCUGGCAUCCCCUGUCGGUUGAUGAAGGGCAACACAAGUUGAUGUGGAUUCCAGUCUACGGUGGGAACACUGAAGAGGUUGUCCUACAAGAAGACCAAGACUCAUAUGUUAUUGAAGGCUUAGAGCCUGGCACUGAAUAUGAAGUUUCAUUGUUGGCUGUACUUGAUGAUGGAAGUGAGAGUGAGGUGGUAACUGCUGUCGGGACUACGCUUGACAGUUUUUGGACAGAACCAGCCACGACCAUACCACCUACCACACCUGUGACUGCAGUUUUCCGGACAGGAAUCAGAAACCUGGUUGUAGAUGAUGAAACCUCUUCUAGCCUGCGGGUAAAAUGGGACAUUUCAGACAGCAGUGUGCAGCAGUUCAGGGUGACCUAUCUGACUGCUCAAGGGGACCCUGCAGAAGAAGUGGUAGGAACGGUUAUGGUGCUUGGAAGUCAGAACCAUCUCCUUCUGAAGCCUCUGCUUUCCGAUACCGAAUACAAAGUCACAGUGACUCCCAUCUACACUGAUGGAGAAGGUGUCAGUGUCUCGGCCCCUGGGAAAACCUUACCAUCGUUUGGUCCCCAAAACUUACGAGUCUCAGAGGAGUGGUAUAACCGAUUGCGUAUUACAUGGGAUCCCCCACCUCCCCCUGUAAAGGGCUAUAGAAUUGUCUAUAAACCUGUUAGUGUUCCUGGCCCAACAUUGGAAACUUUUGUGGGAGCUGACAUUAACACCAUUCUUAUCACAAACCUUCUCAGCGGGAUGGACUACAAUGUGAAAAUAUUUGCCUCCCAGGCCUCAGGCUACAGCGACGCUCUGACAGGCGUGGUGAAAACACUGCCCUUGGAUGUGACCAAUCUCCAAGCCAACCACAUUGAAAUGACCAGCUUGUGUGCUCAGUGGGAGGUGCACCGUCACGCCACAGCCUACAGGAUAGUUAUAGAAUCCCUCCAGGACCGGAAAAAGCAAGAAUCCAUUGUGGGUGGAGGGACAACCAGGCAUUGCUUCUAUGGACUUCAGCCUGAUUCAGAGUAUAAAAUCAGUGUUUACACAAAGCUCCAGGAGCUUGAGGGACCUAGUGUGAGCAUAAUGGAAAAAACACAACCACUUCCUACUCAACCACCGACUUUCCCUCCGACAAUUCCGCCAGCAAAAGAAGUAUGUAAAGCCGCCAAAGCAGACCUGGUGUUUAUGGUGGAUGGAUCCUGGAGUAUUGGAGAUGAUAAUUUCAAUAAGAUCAUUAACUUUCUCUAUAACACUGUUGGAGCCCUGGACAAGAUCGGUGCCGAUGGAACUCAAGUAGCAAUGGUUCAGUUCACUGAUGACCCCAGAACAGAAUUUAAACUAAACGCUUACAAAACCAAAGAGUCUCUUCUUGAUGGCAUUAAACGUAUUUCAUACAAGGGAGGAAAUACAAAAACGGGAAGAGCCAUUAAGCAUGUUCGAGAUACCUUAUUUACUGCAGAGUCAGGAACAAGGAGAGGCAUCCCAAAGGUGAUAGUGGUUAUAACUGAUGGGAGGUCACAAGACGAUGUGAACAAAAUUUCCAGGGAGAUGCAAUCUGAUGGCUACAGCAUUUUUGCAGUUGGUGUGGCGGAUGCAGAUUACUCAGAGUUGGUUAGCAUUGGCAGUAAGCCCAGUGCCCGCCAUGUCUUCUUUGUGGAUGACUUUGACGCCUUUAAGAAAAUUGAAGACGAGUUGAUUACUUUCGUCUGUGAAACUGCCUCAGCAACCUGCCCACUAGUGCACAAAGAUGGCAUUGAUAUUGCAGGAUUUAAGAUGAUGGAAAUGUUUGGUUUAGUUGAAAAGGAUUUUUCGUCGGUAGAAGGGGUAUCUAUGGAGCCUGGUACCUUCAACGUGUAUCCAUGUUACCACCUUCAUAAGGAUGCUCUGGUUUCUCAGCCAACCAAGUAUUUGCAUCCAGAAGGAUUGCCGUCUGACUACACCAUCAGUUCUCUGUUCCGAAUUCUUCCUGACACUCCAGAGGAACCAUUUGCUCUUUGGGAGAUUUUAAAUAAAAAUUCUGAUCCAUUGGUUGGGGUGAUUUUAGAUAAUGGUGGGAAAACCCUAACGUAUUUCAACUAUGACUACAGAGGGAAUUUUCAAACUGUUACUUUUGGAGGGCCUGAAAUUAGGAAGAUCUUCUAUGGAAGCUUUCACAAGCUACACAUUGUUGUCAACAAGACUUUGGCCAAAGUGGUUAUUGACUGCAAGCAAGUGGGUGAGAAAGCAAUAAAUGCGUCAGCUAAUAUCACGUCAGAUGGUACAGAAGUCUUGGGGAGAAUGGUUAGAUCAAGAGGCCCGAAUGGAAACUCUGUACCAUUACAGUUACAGAUGUUUGAUAUUGUUUGUUCUACAUCGUGGGCCAAUAAAGACAAAUGCUGUGAACUUCCUGGCCUGAGGGAUGAAGAGAUCUGCCCGGAGCUUCCAAAUUCCUGCUCCUGCUCUGAAGUCAGCAAAGGGGCUGUGGGACCAGCAGGCCCACCAGGUGGUCCAGGAAUUCGAGGACCAAAGGGUCAACAAGGUGAACAGGGUCCAAAGGGACCUGAGGGCCUUCGGGGUGAAACAGGCUCUCCAGGACCUCAGGGUCCUCCUGGACCCCAAGGGCCAAGUGGUCUGUCCAUUCAAGGAAUGCCCGGAAUACCAGGUGAAAAAGGAGAGAAAGGAGAUAAUGGUCUUCCUGGACCACAGGGAGUCCCAGGAGGUAUUGGUUCACCAGGACGUGAUGGCGCUCCAGGCCAGAGGGGCUUUCCUGGAAAGGAUGGAUCCUCUGGCCCUCCAGGACCACCAGGACCAAUUGGCAUUCCCGGAGCCCCUGGAGUUCCAGGGAUCACAGGAAGCAUGGGACCUCAAGGCGCCCUGGGACCACCUGGUGCCCCUGGAUUAAAGGGAGAGCGAGGAGAACGAGGAGACCUGCAGUCUCAAGCCAUGGUGAGGGCAGUGGCACGCCAGGUGUGCGAACAGCUCAUCCAGAGUCACAUGGCCAGGUUCACGACCAUCCUCAACCAUAUUCCCAGCCAGUCCUCAUCAGUCCGGACCAUCCAAGGGCCUCCUGGGGAGCCUGGGAGACCGGGCUCUCCUGGAGCCCCUGGUGAACAAGGACCUCCAGGUUCACCAGGCUUCCCAGGAAAUGCAGGCGUGCCCGGGACCCCAGGAGAACGAGGUCUGACUGGUACCAAAGGAGAAAAAGGAAGUCCAGGCGUCGGAACCCAAGGUCCAAGAGGCCCUCCUGGACCCGCAGGACCUUCAGGGGAGAGUCGACCUGGCAGUCCUGGACCACCUGGCUCUCCUGGACCAAGGGGUCCACCAGGCCACCUGGGGGUGCCUGGACCGCAAGGUCCUUCUGGCCAGCCUGGAUACUGCGACCCCUCUUCAUGUUCUGCCUAUGGCGUGGGAGACCUGAUCCCUUACAAUGAUUACCAGCACUGAGUGGAAAUCCUCUACUCUGAUUGCAUUGGCCGGGGUAUUUGGCUAUGGAUACGAGCUAUCCUGUUGACCACCACCAAGCCCCUGCCCCUAACAAUGGGCACUUCUCUUCCCUCUCUCGCCUGCUUCCCUGCCUGCCCAGGUUCACAUCUCUUGCCCUUUCUGCUCCAAACACGAUGCUGUGAUAAUAUUGGAACUUAAUCCAACUGUAAUAGAAAUUGACUGCUCCGUGUCAGCCUGGGUUAGGUACAUGAUUAUGUACCAACAACUCAUCCCAAAUUCCCCAGCAGUAAAGUUACUUAAAUGUGCCUUCUCCCCUUUCAUGUCCCCACAUAUGAUUCAUGGGUAGCUUGUUCCCUGACCACGCUUCUCACCCUUCCUCCCCUGAGCACCACCCCCUCCUCGCUCUCCCAUGGUGAUGGACUUCUAACAUGAGAUCUGUUGUCAGAAUUGAUUUUUCUUUCAUAAUUCUGCUGAGUUUUCAGGGUUUCUUUUGUAAAUAAAAGAUAUAAUAUUUAAGCAGUCGGCUGUGAUUCUAGUUUUCUAACAAUUUCUGUAAUGUAGCUGUUCCUUCUUUUACUAACCUCCUGAAACCUCAUGGGAAAGGUGGAAGCGGCAACGUGGUGGGUUAAAGUAAAUACGGCUUUCUACCUAAGUAGAAGAUCUCUCUGGUUUCGUGACUAAAUCUAGGUCUCUAAGGAUUCGUAUGAGGGGAGAAUAUCAAUUUAAGGUUCCUGGGUUCCAUCAAGUCCCCACCCCGC